AUGCCACCCAGUAUUUCUCCAACGCUUCCUCUUCUGCUGUUCUUUAUCUUGGCGUUCUGUUUGUCAAAUAACGGCGUGCACGCCUUCGGGGCAGGCAAUAUUCCUUCAUAUGCAUUUGUCGAAGGCAAGGCAUUUAGGCAUGGUGAUAUCGAGGAUGCACUUGCAGACCUCGUGAAGAAGGGGGUCGGUGGAUUCGCACUCUCCAGUCUCAUCGGAAAGGGUCCAAAGUUUGGUGGCCUCGACAUUAAGCGCGUAUACUUUGGCAAUUGGUUGAGAGACUACAGCCAGGCCGUUGACAUCGGUACACUGAAGAAAGUGAAUUUGCAAGUACGUCGUGAUAUCUGCCCCCGACUCAUGUUUGAAACAUCAUUCCACGAAUUUUCAGACGAUUCUCAAUUUAGUCAUGGUGCUCGGGCUAAUGGAUAUGCCACUGGCGAAUUUGAAGUCACAUCAGAGAGACUCGGUGCAUAUUUGCCAACGGAACACAUUGACAACCCGAAAGGUUAUGGAGAGGGAGAAGACGCACGACAGUACGACCGCAGACUGCGCGGUCCUGUUCACCCUGAUGAACUCGCUAUCGAUCCGCAGACGGGGAUGAAAAACUAUAUCGCAAAUGAAAAUGGCCAUUGGGAUACAUCCAAGGCCCUCGUGCGUAGAGUGCUCGAGCAGUGCAUUUACCUUGGCAGGAAAUACAAGAGUUCUGGAGAUAACGCGGAUCAAUAUGAGGCGUUUCGACUCCUUGGACAAGCUCUCCACACCCUUGAAGACUUCCCUGCGCACUCUAACUUCUGUGAACUUGCUCUUGUUUCCAUGGGACAUACCGAUGUAUUUGUGCAUACUGGUGAUGCUGUACGAGUGCGUGCACACAACGGGAAAAUGGUCGCGCCAAUCGUUACUGGCACGUUUGGAUCGAGUGAUUUUAUCCACAGCCUACUUGGAGAGGCUACGGAUCACAUCAGUGAAGCUUCUGUCACGGAUCUCAAUAAAGAGUUUGAUCGUGCACGCUCCAAGUCUAAUUCGUCGAAUGCCAUACUCCGCGAUGCUUUUCUUAAACUUCCUGGUGGAAGUGGUGAUAAGAUGGGCCGCGACAUGGAGGGCAUCGAGCACAUGCGCGCUGGGAUGGAACGUGGGGAUAGGCGGCCUGAGGACAUGAGCCCACAAGAGUUGCAUAGCGUGCUGUGGAAGGUCUUGAGCUUCAGAGAUUCUGUUAUGAAAAGCAUAUCGGGGAUAUUAGAGAAGAUCCCUGGACUCAACUCGGUUAUCGAGAAAAUUCAGGAUUCAAUUUCUGUGUUCGUUUUCACUACUUUGGAACCCUUUUUGAAACCGAUCUUGGAGACCGCGACGGCUGGACUAUCGUCGGCCUCAUCAGAGGUAAUCAAUCAGCAUGAUCAAUAUGAGGUGUUCAAUGUCCCGUACGCUAGCGACCCCACACAUUCUUUGCUUAGCAAAGAUCACUUCAAUUUAAUCCUAAAUGAACCUGCCGGCAAUAUCGCAAAAAUCAUUCUUAAACAUACUGUCAAUUUGAUUACGAAGGCCUGGGAUGACAGUUCACUCAACGCGAAGCAGAUCACAGAUGAGGCUUUGCAGUGCCUGUAUGUCCCAUUCCUUUCAUUUUCUCGGCACAGACAGACCAUUAUCCGCAGCUUCCAUCCCGACUUCCACCAGUCUUCCUCCGUAGUCCAGCGUGAAAUGCUGGAAUAUAUGAGAUCUUGGGUGCAGAGUCUCGGACAUAAUCAGCACGCCAUACUUGCACGUCUUACGAAGGAAGCGGUGCGAGCGCAGAACAACACUCGGUUAGCCGCCGAUGGGAGUGCUCCCGUUUCUCAUGCACAGAAUGUGCCGAUGCAGCAGGGCAUUCAGGGUCUCGUGCAAGGAAUUCCCGGUGCUACGCAGAUGCAGGGAUGGAUUAGCACGGUGGGUGGAUCCGCGGGGACGAGACGAGAGGGCGGGCAAUCUAGUGGACAGCCGGAUUCCUGCUACUCGAGACCAGAGACAACCGUCUCGUAUGAAACUAUGCAAACCACUAGCUCGAACUACGCGCCUCCUUCGGCCCCGCUGCCACCGUCAGCGGUGUAUGCCCCUAGUCCGUAUGCGCAGCACUCGCAGAGCGGGUCAUCGUUCCAUCCUCCUUUUGUCCAGAGCCAGUACGCACCGUCCUACAUACAGUCGCCCCCUCUCACAUCGUCGUUCGUCGGAGCAAGUAGCACGUACAUGCAGAACGUGCAGGAUGCGCCCGGUGACUACCCGAGCACUAGACCUUCCGGCGGGUAUCCACCUCCGUCAUCAAAUGUUCCAUUUAUAGGCGGUUAUCCGAGCGCUAGACCUACAAGCAGCUAUCCGCCGCCAAGCAUUCCACCAUCAACAUUUCCACCUGCAGGUGAUCACUCUACAUCAUACCGUCCGCAUGUAGGCGGGUACUCGCAACUAAGCGGCCCACCUCCAGGUGGAUUUCUUGACGAACAUCGUGACAUCCACGGUCACGAGUUCCCCGAAGCGCCGGUGUAUGGUGGCCGUUAUGGGCAACAUGCGUUCGAUAGCGAUGAUCAAGACCAACAAGCUUCCUUCCCAUCUCCAGGAGGCUACUUCCCGCGAAAUGAUCCGUAUGAUAACAGGAGAUGA